AUGUUCGUAACCGUUCGUAACGGCCCUGACGACGCGACACAGCCGAUGGCGGUUCCACUGUCUCACUUCUCUGCACCACCAGGCAUGGCAAUCGCACAACACGGCCCCGCACGUCGUGUGGUUGUCGCACAGCCUCCCUUCGCCACGCAAGCCCCGUUCGCGAACCCUAACGACAUCACGAAGACUCUCGACGAACGGUUUCGUGCUCUAUCCGCCCAGCGCAGUCAAAGCGUCCGUCGCGCGGAGGCGAAAGCGCGCCAAGCCGAAGCACGGCAAUCGGCUCUAGCUGCGCAGCGGAAAGUAUCUUCCCCCGCCGCUCCUUCCGCUCCCCCGUCAGCCUCCGCGCGCGCAGGCGGAAAGCAAACAGGGGGAGGAGGGAGCACUCGCCCCAGCAGCACUGCAGCGAACGGAUCUAAAUUGAGGAGCAAACCCGCAGCUGCCACGUCAUCGGCGAAAAAGCCCGCCGCUGUCGUAGCGGCACCGGCGGCCCAGCCCAUUCAGUCGCGUCUCACCUUUCCCGGCGGGGCUGGCGCCGCGAAGGGGAAGGCGGGAGCUGCGGCGGGUGCAACUGGUGCAGGCUCGGUCCGCUCGCGCUUGACGUUUCCCGGUAACCAGCCUCCAGUGCAGGGGGUUCAGGUCCCCCCGAACCUGCGCUUUGCCGUGGGGUCCGGAGGCGCAGUUGCGGGGAGGGGUGCGCGCGGGCGGGGAGCAGCAGGAGUGGGCAGGGGGGGGAUUGUCAUGGGAAGGCGUGGGGGUGCGGUUGUUGCGGCGGCGGGUGUGAGGACGCGCGCUGCUGCUGCGAGGACCGCGUUUGGGGCGACCAUGUUCGGGUUGGGGCCCAGGGGGGCGGGGAGGCCUGGUACAGUAACCAGAGCGCAUACUGCUGCUAGAGGGGGGGCAAGGGGAGGCGGAAGAGGGACCGGGCGAGGAAGGGGAGGUAGGGGGGGACGUGGUGAAGGGAAGGUGUCGGAAGUGGACUUGGAUAAGGACCUGGAUCAGUACAUGCAGCAGGGGUAUGAGCAGACAAGCAUGUCGACCGACGCUGCUGCCACAAAGCCGGACGAGGUGACCGUUGGGACUACCGGAGACGAGAGCGCGCCGCUGAAGAAAUCGCGAAAGAUUCUCGUAGCGGUGGAUCCGAGCGACGAGAGCUCGUACGCGUUAAAGUGGGCUCUCGAGAAUGUGAUACAGGCGGAGGACAAGGUUCACCUGCUACACGCACAGCCGUACCCGAAAGUCUACGCGGGACCCGCGGGUCCAGGGUUCUACGUGCCGCCGGAGGUGGUGGAGACAAUGAAGAAGCAGGAGGAGGCCGUGAGCCGCCAGGUGCUGCGCGCUGCCAAGGCCAUGUGCGAGCAGUUCAAGGUAUCAGCAGAGGCGGACGUGAUAGAGGGAGAGCCCAGGGAGUCCAUCUGUGACGCCGUGGAGCAGCUGGGCGUGCAGCUGCUGGUCAUCGGCAGCCAUGGCUACGGCACCGUCAAGAGGGCGUUCCUGGGCAGUGUGAGCGACUACUGUGUGCAUCAUGCUGCUUGCCCUGUGGUCGUGGUUCGGAAGGUGUAA